CUGGAGCGUCAAGGCGCUGGCGGACAGACCCGCCGGCAGUUGGCACUGGGGGCGCUGGCGCGUCGACCGCUCCGCUCUCCCGCCGGCAGCCUCGGGCGCCCGGAGCCAGCGGUCUAGGCGGCGGCGCCGCACGGGGGGCCAGGAGCGGGCGGCGGGAGGCUGCGAGGCAGGAGGCGGCGGCAGAGGAGGCGGAGGCCAGCCCGAGCCCUGAGUGCGCCCCAUUUCGCCCGCAGCCCGGAGCCCGGGGCUCGGCGCCUGCCCGGCUGGCGCGCCCAAGCGGCCACAUGGCUUCUCUCUGCGCGCUGCUGUCCUGCUUGCUGCUCUUGCACUGUGCGCUCUGCGCCGCUGCCGCGGGUAGCCGGACCCCAGAGCUGCGCCUCUCAAGAAAGCUCAGUGACUAUGGUAUGACAGUGCCCUGCAGCACAGAUUUUCGGGGACGUUUCCUCUCCCACGUGGUAUCUGGGCCAGCAGCAGCCUCUGCAGGGAGUACAGAGGCGGACCGGCCACCUGCACCUCUGUCACACUCUGGUCACCUGCGGGUGGCUCGAAGCCCACUGCGCCCCAAAGGAGUGACCUUGCAGCCGGGCAGGGUGGGCCGCUCCUCCCUCUACUUCAAUGUCACUGUUUUUGGGGAGGAACUGCACUUACACCUGCGGCCCAACCGGCGGCUGGUGGUACCCGGAGCCUCGGUGGAGUGGCAGGAGGAUUUCCGGGAGCUGUUCCGACAGCCCUUGCGGAGGGAGUGUGUCUACACCGGGGGUGUCACGGGCAUGCCAGGGGCGGCUGUCGCCAUCAGCAACUGCGAUGGAUUGGCGGGCCUCAUCCGCACAGACAGCACCGACUACUUCAUUGAGCCCCUGGAAUGGGGGCAGCAGGAGAUGGAGGCCAGCGGGAGGACACAUGUGGUGUACCGCCGGGACGUCAUCCAGCCGGCAUGGACAGAGCCCCUCGGGGACCUUCACAAUGAAGCCUUUGGCCUGGGCGACCUUUCCAACCUGCUGGGCCUGGUGGGGGAUCGGCUGGGAGAAGCUGAGCGGAAGCGGCGACACGCCAAGACGGGCAGCUACAGCAUCGAGGUGCUGCUGGCGGUGGACGACUCGGUGGUCCGCUUCCACGGCAGGGAGCAUGUGCAGAACUACGUCCUCACGCUCAUGAACAUCGUGAAUGAGAUUUACCACGAUGAGUCCCUGGGGGUCCACAUCAACAUCGCUCUCGUCCGCUUAAUCAUGGUUGGCUACCGACAGUCCCUGAACCUGAUCGAGCGCGGGAACCCCUCUCGCAGCCUGGAGCAGGUGUGUCGCUGGGCGCACUCUCAGCAGCGCCAGGACCCUGGCCAUGCGGAGCACCACGACCAUGUCAUCUUCCUCACCCGGCAGGACUUUGGGCCCUCAGGGUAUGCACCUGUCACUGGCAUGUGCCACCCCUUGAGAAGCUGUGCCCUCAACCACGAGGACGGCUUCUCCUCGGCCUUCGUGGUGGCCCACGAGACCGGCCACGUGCUCGGCAUGGAGCAUGACGGUCAGGGGAACGGCUGUGCAGAUGAGACCAGCCUGGGCAGUGUCAUGGCACCCCUGGUGCAGGCCGCCUUCCACCGCUUCCACUGGUCCCGCUGCAGCAAGCUGGAGCUCAGCCGCUACCUCCCCUCCUACGACUGCCUCCUUGACGAUCCCUUCGCACCCGCCUGGCCCCAGCCCCCGGAGCUGCCCGGCAUUGACUACUCCAUGGAUGAGCAGUGCCGCUUCGACUUUGGCACUGGGUACCACACCUGCUCGGCGCUCAGGACCUUUGAGGCAUGCAAGCAGCUCUGGUGCAGCCACCCUGACAACCCAUACUUCUGCAAGACCAAGAAGGGGCCCCCGCUGGACGGGACUGAGUGCGCGCCAGGCAAGUGGUGCUUCAAAGGUCACUGCAUCUGGAAGUCGCCAGAGCAGAUGUAUGGCCAAGAUGGAGGCUGGAGCUCCUGGACCCAUUUCGGGUCAUGUUCACGGUCAUGUGGAGGUGGAGUUCGAUCCCGUAGCCGGAGCUGUGACAAUCCCCCCCCAGCCUACGGAGGCCGCCUGUGCUCAGGGCCCACAUUCCAGUAUCAGGUCUGCAACAGCGAGGAGUGUCCGGGGCCCUACGAAGACUUCCGGGCCCAGCAGUGUGCCAAGCGCAACUCCUACUAUGUCCACCAGAAUGCCAAGCACAGCUGGGUCCCCUUCGAGCCUGACGACGAUGCUCAGAAGUGUGAGCUGAUCUGCCAGUCAGAGGACACAGGGGACGUGGUCUUCAUGAACCAGGUGGUCCACGACGGGACACGCUGCAGCUACCGGGACCCGUACAGUGUCUGCGCCCGUGGCGAGUGUGUGCCCGUCGGCUGUGACAAGGAGGUGGGGUCCAUGAAGACAGAUGACAAGUGUGGGGUCUGUGGUGGUGACAACUCCCACUGCAGGACUGUGAAGGGGACCCUGGGCAAGGCCUCCAAGCAGGCAGGAGCUCUCAAGCUGGUGCAGAUCCCAGCAGGUGCCAGGCACAUCCAGAUCGAGGAGCUGGAGAAGGUUCCCCACCACAUUGCGGUGAAGAACCAGGUCACAGGCAGCUUCAUCCUCAACCCCAAGGGCAAGGAAGCCACGAGCCGGACCUUCACUGCAAUGGGCCUGGAGUGGGAGUACGCGGUGGAGGACGCCAAGGAGAGCCUCAAGACCAGCGGGCCCCUGCCCGAAGCCAUUGCCGUCCUGGUGCUCCCCCCAGCCGAGGGCGGCCCCCGCAGCAGCCUGGCCUACAAAUACAUCAUCCAUGAGGACCUGCUGCCCCUUAUUGGGAGCAACAACGUGCUCCUGGAGGAGACGGACACCUACGAGUGGGCGCUCAAGAGCUGGGCGCCCUGCACCAAGGCCUGCGGAGGAGGCAUCCAGUUCACCAAGUAUGGCUGCCGGCGCCGGCGAGACCACCACAUGGUCCAGCGGCACCUGUGCGACCACAGGAAGAGGCCCAAGCCCAUCCGUCGGCGCUGCAACCAGCACCCGUGUGCCCAGCCUGUGUGGGUGACGGAGGAGUGGGGCACCUGCAGCCGGAGCUGUGGGAAGCUGGGGGUGCAGACCCGGGGCGUGCAGUGCCUGCUGCCCCUCUCCAACGGUACCCACAAGGCCAUGCCAGCCAAGGCCUGCCCUGGGGACCGGCCCGAGGCCCGUCGGCCCUGCUUCCGUGUGCCUUGUCCAGUCCAGUGGCGGACAGGAGCCUGGUCCCAGUGCUCUGUCACCUGCGGAGAGGGCAUCCAGCAGCGGCAGGUGGUAUGCCGGACCAGCGCCAACAGCCUGGGGCAGUGUGAGGGGGACAAGCCGGACACCGUCCAGGUCUGCAGCCUGCCUGCCUGCGAAGGACAGCUCCAGAACUCCACAGUGAGGGCUGACGACCCAGAACUCGUGACCCCAGAGGAGCAAUGGGUGCCACCAUCUGAGCCCCUAGAUCCCAUUAACAGGAUAUCAUCAACGGAGCCCUGCGUGGGGGACAGGUCCAUCUUCUGCCAGCCGGAACUGCUCCAUCGCUACUGCUCCGUCCCCAGCUACCCCCGGCUGUGCUGUGAGUCCUGUACCAAGACGGCCUCAGACCCUGACGCAAGCCCACCUGGCCUGGUCUCACCGCCACCCUUCUCCACUCCUGGGAGCCCCUUCCCAGGACCCAGCCCUCCAGAUGCUGCGGAGCCCACUCUGGGGCCAACGGAAUCAGACGAACAUCAGCAUGGCCGACCCACGCAGCUCCCAGGACCUCUGAGCACAAGCUCCCCGGUGACCCAGCGCAGCUUUGCUCUCCAGAAACUGAGCCCUACAGUAUUCGGGGGCACUUCCCCUAGCACCCCCCAGGAACUAUCUUGGGGCUGGACCGGGGCACCUACACCAGCCUCCGAAAACAAAGGGCAGCUCAGGGAAGACCCCAAGCAUCCAGGCACCAGCCUGCCUGCCACCACCCCGGUGACAUGAGCCCGGCCUCGCCCAUCCCGCCAGUCAAGUUUACACUCUGUGCUGCCCCCAGAGACCCCCCGCUGGAGGACGCACAGUGGGGCAGGGAGGAGCACAGACUGCCUUUUAAAUUAUUUGUCUUCUUAUUGUUCUAGUUGAGGCUGUGACCCUUUUCACUCCAUGAAGUGGGUGUGUGAGGAAGAAAAAGAUCAGGGAAUCCCUAACCGGAAAUACCUCAGCAAGCAGCCCAGGUGACUGACUCGGACCUUGGUGGGGUGGGGCUGGGAGGGAUGGUGCCCCUGUCUGUCUCUCCUGUCAGCACUGGGGACCAGGUAACACCAUGCCCCUCAUAGCCACCGGGGGUGCAUGUGCUCUUGAGGCUCCAGCUGCAGGGCUGCGGUGGGUGGGAGGCAAGUUCCCCUCAGGCCCAGCCCUUCAUCAUGGGAGCUCCAGACAGCUCCUCCAUCCAAAGCCAAGAAGCAGAGCCCAGCCUGCCUCUGCAGGCUGGAGGGCAGUGUCGGUGGCUACCUCUGCUGCUGCCGAUGGCACUUCCUAUUACUUUUGUUGCCUCCGGGUUACAGGCAGACCUCCCACCUCACCCCUGCCCAUCCAAGAAGGGGGCUCUGGACACUCUGGAGCAGGUGUCCUUAUUAUCCAGGGGUUUCCCAACUGGUGCUAGACCCCCGGCUGGACCAGGAAUGGCAACUCUGGUCAUCACUCUGGGGCGUGAAAGGAGCGCAGCCUGGAAGGCGGCUGUGGGCACAGAGGAGGUUUGCGUUUUCAGGCUCUGCCCCGUCAAUCACGGCCCUCUACCAAGGGCCACCCCUGCUGGAGUUGGGGGUCUUCUCCUCCCACCUGGCUCAAGCUGGGCCAGAGGCUUGGGGUGCUGGGGUAGGGUUCGGGGGUGACCAGUCUCUUAAGGCUGUGGACCAGAGUCCACUCAUGGCAAGUGCUCCAGAGCAGGCCCUGAGCCUCUGCCCCAUGCAGGGGUGGGGAGGAGACACAGGCCAGCAGUGCUGUGGCUUCAGCCACCCCCACAUGACUUUCAAGGGCAGGUACCUUCCCUAGACCCCCUGGUUCUCAGGAAGCUGCCUGGUUCCCGGGAUCUCUCCCAGGGGUCCUCACUCCGAGUCCUGCAGGGGGUCCCCAGAUGCCUUAGCAGGCCAUAGAGGUGCUUACCAGUUCAUCCAUCAGGCCAUUCUGAGCCAGGCGAGAGGAAUGGAAGCAGUGGGCCCUGGCCUGCAAUGCCCUGGAGAAUGGGGGCCCUAGGGGGCUCCCCAGGUGCCCUCUCCACCCCUGCUGCCCCCCGCCCUAGGAUGUUCGGGCACACACUGAACCAUUCCUGUGCCACCUGGCCGGCCUAUGUUAAGUGCCUUUGCGAUCCAGAUCUUUACACUUUUAUGUAUUUAUUAACAUUGUCCUUGGUGUUCUGUUUUGGACCCCAGAAUGUUGUGCCGCAUUUUUCUUUUUCUCUCUGUUUUAGAGGAAAGGGACAGCGAAGCCAGAGCUCUAUGUGCUGAGCUGGUAAGAUGAUUGGGGUUGGGGGUGGACCAGGAGGGCCUGGAGCCACAAGAAGCCUUGGCUCUCAGCCUCCCCCACUCCCACACCAGCCCCACUCUUCGAGCAUCAGCUCAGGGCGGAGAGGCAAGAAUGGGGCUGGGGGCCUGGGGGCUCACUUAGGCUCCUCUGCCAAGUGCUGGGUGGCCUUGGGCAAGUCACCAUCCAGAAUUUGGUCUAAGGGUGGAAGCCCCUGGGAGGCAGUUUGGGGUCUGCAUAGGGAAGGGUGUUCUAGUAUGAGCAGAGCUGUUCAACAUGCAGGGUGUGGCUUCCUUGGAAGGCGGUGAGUGCUUGUUCCCUGGAAAAAUCUAUGGAGGACACGGAUGCCGGAAAGGAGGCGGAGGGAAUAUGAUGCAUGUUAUUGCGCAGGAGGGCUGACGUGAAAGGUGCCAGGUGACUUAAAACCACCAAUCCACGCCUCACCCCUUGCCCAUGUCAGACAUCACUAAUCCAUUACCAUACUCUUUCAAUGAGUGUAUCAUAGGCCCCUCCGUGACAUUUUUGGGACCCAAGACAAGGGCACAGAGACCCCCUCCAGGACCCCACGUACUUGCGUGUGUCUAGCCUUCAAGUCCAAGCUCCGUAUACAUCUCCAUGCAAAUAGCUUUCCCAUGGAAACUACCCUUUCUACUCACAUGGGUCUAGGGGUGCAUACUUGUCACACAUUAGGGGGGCUGACCUAGGGAGAUGCUAGCACAAGCCCUAGAAUUGCACUCUGGACUGUUUGGGCAGGGGCUUCUGUGGGCCAGGGUACCCAGAGUGUAGCCUGCAAGGCUGGGGGGAGAGGGAGAUCAUGGGCCUCCGAGUGCAGUGUAGUCCUUACCGUGGUGGGUCGUAUGGUCAGAGUGGGGGCCUCUAAGAGCCCCAGCGCCCUGUUUCUAACAGCAGUCCUGGCACAUUUCAUGGGAACAUGUGAAGGCUUCCCCCAAUCUUGCCCACAGCAGACAUGGCCAAUCCAUCCCUGCAUUCUCCCCCUGAGAGUCCUUCACCUAGUACUCCAGGAACUGACCUCGAUCAGCUGCCAUCAUCAGGACAAGGAGCAGCAGCGUUAGGAUCAGGAAUUAAAAAUCCUACACCAUUGGAACCUUUGUUCAGUCAACACUGGCAGAAGCUUAACAUCUCAAAGCAGCACUGCAGCGCUCCAGCUGAGGCAGGGGGACCAAGCAGCCAGACCCAAGGAACCUCCCUGAGCUCUAGGGCCCUGCAGAGUCCAGUGUGGGGGUGAGACAGUGCUAUGGAGCCUUUGGGCUUUAAGCGUCUGAGGGCCCCUGAGCCCUUCUGCUCAUCUGAAAAGUGUUGGUGAAAGCAUUUGCCUUGCCCACCUGUGAAAACAGGGUGGCCAGAAAUCACAAGGCACAAUGGUGAUAAAUGAGAGUAUCUCCCAGCGGUGACAUUGGUCAUUGGGUUAGUUCCGCUGUCUCUGUGGCCCUUCCACCCCUGUGGGGACUGUUGGCCUUGAAAACCCAGGCCACAGCCCUGAGUUACCAAUACCUCACUUAGGAUGUAGGAAACUACAAGAGAAUAUAAGUCCUACGGUAACAAUAAGAAAAAGCCAAUAAUCUACUGAGUCAAACUUCUUUUAGCCCAUCGGGGACUGAGGUUGCGAAGCAAGCAAACUAAAUUGCAGAGGGUGACAGGUCCCUCCAAGAAGAAAGAGGGCACACAUGCUCUUCCUCCUUUGGUGGAGCAUGGGACAAGGUGUCCUACAGAGAGGCAGAAAAUACAACUGAAAUCGUAAAAAUUAUUAUUAUUAUUUUUUUUGGCUGCACCCACCACACACACCAAAAAUUUCCCAAGCCAGUGGCAAAGCUGGAUCCUUAACUUGCUGCACCACAGGAGAACUCCUGAAAUUGUAGCACAUUUUUAAAGGUUGGUGUGGGACUUUGGAGUUGUGGGCAGCCCCAUGCACAAGGGCAGUCAUCGCCUACUCACCAGCUCUCGUCCAUGGGCCUCCACUGGACACACAUGGGAAAGAGCUGGGGCAGGACAGCAGACCCUUGAGAGCAUCCCUUGGGGCUCUGACCAAGUUUGAGAGGGCAAAUUAAGGAAGCAGGGCCUAUUUACAGUGUAUCAGGCACAAAAUACUUGCACAUGGAAAACUAGAAAGCCUUGCUGAGAGAAAUGUAAGAGUUUCUAAUUAAAGAUGGACUGUGUUUAUGAA